UCGACGAGGCAUUCGUUCGAUCGUUUGGUCACGUCAUCUUUUUUAUCCUGUAAUGACUGAUUUUUGCGUCCCACAUGCUUAGGGGUAAUCGAAUUAAGAAGAAAUCCAAGAAUCCCCGCACUAGAAGAAAAGUUCGAGUGACCGCGGACGUAAAUGUGAACUAGAAAGUGUGUGAACGGAGUCGCGAGGUGUCUCGUCCGUCCGGUUCGAUCUGGAUUUUAGCAGUUUGAACCGCGAGUCGGGCUCCCUUUUCCCCGUUAAUCAUUAAUUUUAAAGUUUGGUGGUGUAUUUAAAGACUUAUUUAUUUAUUAUUGUCCGUUAUUCGGAGUGUUUUAGUGGUGUAAUCGUUUUAUAAGUCGCGUAUCAAGAUGUCUGAAGAGUCGUCCGCCGAUCGUAAUGUCGAAAUAUGGAAGAUCAAGAAGCUCAUAAAGAGCUUGGAGAUGGCCAGGGGCAAUGGCACAUCCAUGAUAUCCCUCAUAAUCCCGCCCAAGGACCAGAUCUCCCGCGUGUCCAAGAUGUUGGCCGACGAGUUUGGCACCGCGUCCAACAUCAAGUCGCGAGUCAACCGGCUGUCCGUGCUGGGCGCUAUCACCUCUGUACAGCACAGGCUCAAGCUCUACACUAAAGUGCCUCCAAACGGCCUAGUGAUCUACUGCGGCACCAUAGUCACGGAAGAGGGCAAGGAGAAGAAAGUGAACAUCGACUUCGAGCCGUUCAAGCCGAUCAACACCUCGCUGUACCUGUGCGACAACAAGUUCCACACGGAGGCGCUCACGGCGCUGCUGGCCGACGACAACAAGUUCGGCUUCAUCGUCAUGGACGGCAACGGCGCGCUGUUCGGUACCCUCCAGGGCAACACUAGGGAGGUGCUUCACAAGUUCACAGUAGACCUGCCGAAGAAGCACGGUCGCGGUGGUCAGUCCGCGCUGCGUUUCGCGCGUCUGCGUAUGGAGAAGCGACACAACUACGUGCGCAAGGUGGCCGAAGUGGCCACGCAGCUGUUCAUCAGUGCGGACCGUCCCAACGUGGCUGGUCUCAUCCUGGCCGGUUCCGCUGACUUCAAGACGGAGCUCAGCCAGUCUGACAUGUUUGAUCCUCGCCUGCAAGCCAAGAUCAUCAAGCUGGUGGACGUGUCCUACGGAGGAGAGAACGGUUUCAACCAGGCCAUCGAGCUGGCGGCCGAGUCUCUGCAGAACGUCAAGUUCAUCCAGGAGAAGAAACUCAUUGGCAGAUACUUCGAUGAGAUCUCACAGGACACGGGCAAGUACUGCUUCGGCGUGGACGACACGCUGCGCGCGCUUGAGCUGGGCGCUGUCGAGACGCUCAUCUGCUGGGAGAACCUCGACAUACAGAGAUACGUUCUGAAGUCGCACGCCACCAACCAGGAGACCAUCCUGCACCUCACGCCUGAACAGGAGAAGGACAAGUCACACUUCACCGACAAAGAGAGCGGAGUGGAGCUGGAGCUGGUGGAGUGCCAGCCGCUGCUGGAGUGGCUCGCCAACAACUACAAGUCCUUCGGCGCCACGCUCGAGAUCAUCACCGACAAGAGCCAGGAGGGCAGCCAGUUCGUGCGCGGCUUCGGAGGCAUCGGCGGCCUCCUCCGCUACAAGGUGGACUUCCAAUCCAUGCAGCUGGACGACGAGGAGAUCGACAACAUUUACGACAUCGACGACUAUUAGGCCGUCCGCACCCCCACCCCCCCACCAUCUACUCGACUGACCAUGUUCGCCUUACUCUAGCCCGGUUAUACUCAACCUUGAUUUAACCUCCUUAUUCAUUUCAAAUUAAAUACAAUAAAAAGAAACCUACAUUAAAACUAAACCCAAAACUCGUUCGUAAACAAAAUAGAUCGUGAUCAGCAGCUGGCUUCGUCAAGUGGACAUAAAACAAAUUAGCUACAGGCUUUGUCAAACUUAAACACUAAAUCACCUAGGGUCCCAUAACACUGACCGCGUUACCCCGUUGUACAGCCAGGGAAAUUUGUUGGACCCGGAACGAGGAUCGCUACCCCUUUCUCUAAGCCGACGACCCAAUUCCCACACAAACUCUGGCCUCCGCACCCCAAGGCCCUGCAGUCUCCACCGCAACUGGUUUAAAAUCAUACGUUAGUUCCUUAUUGAUUAGUUCCAAAUUCAAAAACAAUACAAACACUUCCGGGACUGGAAGAUUUUAAGGCCACAACGUUUUUGCCAUAGAAUAAAUUAUAGUAGGACUUUCGAUUGAUACAUAGAACAUGGUGG